AUGCCGCGCAUGGACGGCGGGCAUUCGCUGACUGUUGACGAGACGCAGCUCGACGGAAUAGGCGGAGACCGGUCAACAUCGUCAACAAGCGCAUCACGCGCCGAUAUCCAUCUACUCAACGGCUCCCGCACCCCAUUCGCGCCCCCCUCCCUCCCUCUCCGAUCUGCGAGAACCACGUAUGCCCAGUCCGGAAGUUCGCCCAGCUCCGUCGUUGGAAGUCACAUCUCAACCAAGGACACGCCACGAUGCACGAUCCCACUACACCCCCUUUUUCCCGAGAAGGGAGGAAAGGAGGUGGGCACGCUCGAUUACCCGGCAGACCAACGGGAGAGAGAGAGAGAGAGAGGGAAAUCGCGCUUGCACGAGACACAUACGGCGGUGCCCUGCUUCCCCUGGCCCGCCCUGUCUCAUGCAUGGGAAUGGAGAUGGGAGAUGGGGAUAGCGGAGGCCUGGGGGGCGAUUGGGCAGGGGAGAGAUAAGGGGCUGGGCAAUAUCGUGAACCCGACAUACGAUUGGAGGGGUGAGCAGAUCACGACAGCCCAAAGCGCCAUCAUGUCGGUUUGGUUCUCGGGCUCGCCCCGAGCCUCCCCCAAUCAACCUGGUCCUCUCCAACCAAGCCUGACGCUUUUCCUUUGCCCGCACCAUGUGCCCAGGUAG